AUGCAAACCAAUCAAAAGCUCUGCAUCGCUAUCUUUGGCCCUACCGCCUCCGGGAAGACCAAGCUGGGGGUUGCCAUUGCGAAGGCCUUUCCGAGUGAGGUUAUCUCUGUCGAUAGCCUACAAUGUUACAAGGCGGGAAGUAUCAUCACUGCCAAGCCUACUGAUCAAGAGAUAGAUGGUGUUCCUCAUCACUUGAUUGAUUAUCUCGAGGCUGAUGAGGAGCCUGAUGACUUCGUGGCCCAAGCUGCUGACAUGAUGGAAGAGAUCACAAGCCGAGGAAAUCUCCCCAUUCUUGUCGGCGGUUCGACAUCUCUCGCCAUACCUUUGCUGCAUGAGGCCCUCAACCGGCAGUAUCGGUUUGUGGCUGCAACUCUGAUCCCGCGCCAGUCUACAUACUGGCAGUCUAUCUAUACUAGAGCCAGUGAGAUGCUCGAGAGUGGUCUUCUGGCCGAACUUGAGGCCCUGAGGGACCUGCAACAGAGUCUGCUCGAUGACAACGCAUGCUUCGAUAAGGGAGUAUGGAAGGCAAUCGGGUAUCAGGAGUUCUACCCCUACCUUGAAACAGACUCGUCAUGCAACGCGCGGCAGUUGUCAUUCCAAAAGGGUCUCGCACUCAUGAACGCCAACACCUUACAGUACGGCUUCCAUCAACUCGAGUGGAUACGCUCCGUCCUGAACCCUUUCCUCCAUCAGGCCGGUGUAGUAUGCAUGAGCUUCCCCGUCACUACCAAGGCUUCGUGGAUGUCGGAUGUUGAGAUACCUGCCAUUUCAAUGCUCAACGAGCUAUGCUACAGUCUACGCACCAUCAAACUCUCCACCAACGGCACUUUAAACUCUAGCUCCAAGUCUCGAGUCGUGGGUCUUUUUGGCGGAUCUUCGCCGGGGAAUGACCCGGGCCACAUUGAUGCAGCCAAAAAGCUUGCAUUUGCUUUGCACCAAAAUAACUACAAACUCGUCUACGGCGGCGGAACAACCGGGAUCAUGGGCGCCAUUGCGAGCACUCUGGUGCAACUCUCAGGACCAAGUGCCGUCCAGGGCAUCAUUCCGGUUGCACUCGCCAAGUACGAAGAAAGACUCACCAAGAAACGGGCCGAUCCCUCAAAGUUCGGGAACAGAACUGUCGUCAAAGACAUGCAUACACGCAAGAGACUCAUGAUUGAGGCAGUUAUUGGGGGCGCUGCAGGGAGCGGCUUUGUAGCUCUCAGUGGGGGAUACGGUACCUUGGAGGAACUCCUUGAGAUAACGACUUGGUACCAGCUUGGUAUUCAUCGAUGCGGCAUCUGUGUGUUUGACGUAUGCGGGUUCUACCAGGGUUUGUUGGACUGGGUUCGUCAAGCUGCACAGGCAGGGUUUGUUGGCACAGAGGAUGCUACUAUUCUGCGGGUUGCAAUGACGGCUGAGGAUGUCAUCGGCUGUUUGGGCAGUGAUGAUCAUCGUUAUUCAAGGAUGGGUGAGCUGGAGUGGGAUUAG